AUGUCUAAAGUUGCCAAUGCCGCUACUGCUAUAGCAGUGAUGGAUGCUUCUUCUAAUGUAACAUCAAAAGUGGCCGGACAGAACUCUACCGCUAGUAACAACAACAGUAGCGUUAAUAGCAACAACAGUAACAGUCGAUUGUUUGGUGGGUUGUCCACUUCAAAUUCAAAGAUUACAGAAGCGGGGCCUUUGUUAAAAUGGAGAGAUAUGGAGCAUCUAGUAGCCGGUGUAAGUGGUGGUGUCUUGUCUACGCUGGUGCUGCAUCCAUUAGAUUUGAUAAAAAUAAGGUUCCAAGUAAAUGAAGGCACUGGAGUAACUGUCCGUCCAAACUAUACUUCUUUUCUCCAUGCUAUUCGUUCAAUUGUCUGCUCCCAAGGAUUUUCUGGUCUCUACCAAGGAGUUUCUGCUAAUUGUGUUGGGGCAGGAAUGGCUUGGGGUAUUUAUUUUUUUGUAUAUAAUUAUGUUAAGAAUCAUAUGCAAGCUGGUGACCAAAAAGUUAAACUUCCUCCAACCAGUCAUGUGAUUGCUGCUGGCCAAGCUGGGGUUUUAUCGUUAUUAGUUGUGAAUCCGGUUUUUGUAGCCAAAACACGUCUUUGUUUACAAUAUGAAGAAUCAAAAGACAUUUCAAAAGAUGUAUCCAAAAAAAUUAAAUAUCGUGGAUUGAGUGAUGCAUUAAUUAAAAUUUUCCAGCAAGAAGGUUUAAGAGGAUUUUACAAAGGUUUUGUGCCAGGUGUUUUUGGUGUUUCACAUGGUGUCAUUCAAUUUGUAACCUAUGAAGAAAUGAAGUCCAUGUACAACAGAUAUAACAACAGACCUAGUGAACAAACUUUGAAAUCAAUUGAAUACAUAGCAUUUGCUGCUGCAUCAAAGAUGAUUGCAGCAUCUUUUACAUAUCCUUAUCAAGUCGUACGAUCCAGACUUCAAGACCAACACACCAGUUAUGCCAGUUGCAGAGACGUUAUUUUAAGGAUAUGGAGAUAUGAAGGACUCACUGGCUUUUACAAGGGUUUUAUUCCAAAUCUCUUGCGUGUUACUCCAGCAUGCUGCAUUACAUUCCUCGUCUAUGAAACAAUGAUUGCUGCAUUUGAAAGACAAAAGAUGCUUGGAACCUCUACAGAAUUAGAAGAAUAA